AGUGGAAUGAAUGUGCUGAAGUGGUUGUGCUGGCAGGUUAAGUGUAAAAUCAAGUUUAAUCAGAUUGUGAACUUUGAGUUGUGCUAACAUGGCGAAGUAUGAAGAAGUGAAUGUUCACGGUUAUGAAGAAUAUUGUAAAGCUGUUUCUGAGAGGAAGGGAAAAAAUAUUUUUGUUUACUUCAGUGGGGAUAAAGAUGCACAGGGUAAAAGUUGGUGUCCAGACUGCGUGAAUGCUGAGCCGGUGGUUCGGGGAGAAUUGACUCAUCUUCUUGAAGGUUCUGUCUUCAUUUAUUGCCAAGUGGGAGACCGACCAUACUGGAAAGACCCGAACAAUGACUUUAAGAAGACUCUCAAACUCACAGGAGUCCCUACUCUUCUUCGCCAUGGCACUCCACAGAAGCUGGUGGAGGAGCAAUGUUUCAAAGCAGAUCUGGUUUGCAUGAUGUUCACUGAAGAUUAAAGUCUCAUGCUCAAGUUUUUGUACACCUAUGAAGGAUUUCAUAGUUUUGAAUGGAUUCUAUAAUUUUUUUGCAUGUGUAAUCAAAUGUAUUCUAUACAGUCUGAUGAUCCUUACUGUAUAAUGUUGCACUAGAGCUUUGAUGGCAGAAUAAUCAACCUGACAAAAUGACGUGUACUUCUAUAACAAACCCCCACAGUGAGUAAACAUGCUAGAAUGAGUCACAAAUUAAAAAGAAGGGCAUUUUUUUAUUCUGUGCCAAUUUUUUAUUCUAAAUCUUAUAAAGUCCACAAUUUCAAAAACAUUUGUUUUAUUAAAAGAAUUUAUCUUUAUGCUUGGGUUUGUUUGUGUUAGUUAUGCAGAAUGAAUAGAAAAUCAUUUCUACUGUUAUUGUAAACUUUGUAAUUCCAUUUUAUUGCACUUAAAUCCUUAUAAGCCUGUUACAGAUCAUGUUUGUCCAAUCAGUUCAGGAACCUGGCUUUAGUUCUGAUCUUUUAGAACAGUAAUUCUCAAACCGUUAUACUGGUUCCACUGGUGAAAUUUAAAGUCCCUCUAGGGGUAAAUCAAAUGACCUUUAAAAAUACGUUACAGACACUAAAAUAAAUCAAUCAAUAAAACAUUCAAAGUCA